AUGGUUCAGCAGGCGAAGUGCGAGACUGAGUCUGAGCUGAGGGGUGCUCAUGUGGCCCUGGGGGAUAGAGAAGUGCUCCAGGACAUCAAGAUGGCAAUAUAUAUGCAUGGUCAGCUGGAUCCUCUAGGAAAUGCAAAGUUCAGAAGGCUAAUGGUCAUCAAAAUCAUAGAAAAAAUGGCUAUGUCAGAAAAGACUGUAAUUAUCCAAGGGACUUUAUCGUUUGGAACGUCCGUUGAGUUCUUUGGGAUACUGGCAAACUUCGUGUUUGGAUGCUGUUUGAAGAUUAAAUAUGAAGCUUUGAAGGUCUAUGCAUCAUUGACUGCACUUCUGCCUUCGUGUCCCAUAGUCAUUUACAAGCUCUUUGUAACAGAUGCUUUGUGUUCAGGUACCACAAGCAGGGAAAGCUGUGUUCUGAGACACUCGCUGGUUGGCUUAGCUGGUGUUCUAUAGAUCAGUGCUUUGGCAUUUUACAAAAAUGGACGUUUGGGAGUCAAGCAUCAUACUGUUCCUCUGCCACCAAAGGAAGAGUUCUAG